AUGGCCAGCAAUUUCAAGGACGACAGUCCAGACACGAUUGGUCCCGAGACCACACCGAAGAGGAGCUUCUCAGAGAAAGGCCGUCGCAUGAUCAAAGCCUUCACAACCAAAGAGGGUCUCAUAGGCGACUACGACUAUGGCUUCCUAUUCAAGCCUCAGCUACCUUUCAUGAAACGAGCACGGAGGGCAGGUCCCUUCUUCGGCCUUAACGACAAAAUACCAGUACUUCUUGCCUUUCUACUAGGACUCCAACAUGCUCUUGCCAUGCUUGCAGGCGUCAUAACGCCUCCCAUCAUCCUUUCGAGCAGUGCCAAUCUCAUUCAGGCAGACCAGCAGUAUCUGGUAUCAGCAUGUCUUAUCAUGAGCGGCAUCUUGUCUGCAAUCCAAAUUUCGCGAUUCCACAUCUGGAAGUCCCCCUACUAUGUCGGCACUGGCUUGAUCUCGGUCGUAGGAACAUCUUUCGCCACCAUUCCAGUCGCCACAGGUGCCUUCUCUCAGAUGUAUGCCACUGGUUUCUGUCCGUCGGAUUCAGAUGGCAAUCGUCUACCUUGCCCUGAUGCUUACGGUGCCCUAAUCGCAACCUCAUGCGUCUGCGCUCUUUUGGAAAUCUUGAUGUCAUUCACUCCGCCCAAGAUUCUGAAAAAAAUCUUCCCUCCGAUUGUUACUGGACCUACCGUCAUGCUGAUCGGUGUGUCACUAAUCAGUUCUGGCUUCGAAAACUGGGCUGGAGGCUCUGGAAAUUGUCAGUCGAGGCCUGAGUCUGGUCUCUUUAGUUUGUGUCCCAACAUCAAUGCUCCCCAUGCUCUUCCAUGGGGAAGUGCAGAGUUUAUCGGACUUGGAUUCCUUGUCUUCGUCAGUAUCAUCUUGACUGAGCGCUUCGGCAGUCCGAUCAUGAAGUCAUGUUCUGUUGUCGUUGGCCUUCUUGUCGGAUGUAUCGUAGCUGCUGCAUGUGGGUACUUCGACCGUAGCGGAAUCGAUGCUGCACCUGUCGCCAACUUCAUCUGGGUCCGCACUUUCAAGCUGCAGAUAUAUGGUCCACUGGUUUUGCCCUUGUUAACAGUAUACAUUGUUCUGGCUAUGGAGGCUAUUGGCGACAUCACGGCAUCGUGUGAUGUAUCACGUCUCCAGGUCGACGGAGACACAUUCAACAGCCGCAUCCAAGGUGGUGUCCUUGCAGAUGGACUCAGCGGACUUAUCUCAGGUCUCUGUACAUUGACACCCAUGUCUGUAUUUGCUCAGAACUGUGGAGUUAUCGCCUUAACGCGAUGCGCCAACAGAAAGGCCGGAUACGCAGCCUGUUUCUGGCUCAUUAUUAUGGGAAUCUUCAGCAAGUUUGCAGCUGCUCUUGUAGCAAUCCCUUCUGCUGUACUCGGUGGCAUGACGACGUUCUUGUUCGCUUCUGUUGCCACUAGUGGUCUUCGUAUCGUCUCGACUGUCCCAUUCACACGCCGCAACCGCUUCAUCCUGGCUGCAGCAUUCGCUCCUGGUUUCGGUGCUACUCUUGUUCCUACUUGGUUCAGCUACGUCUUCACAUACUCUGGCGGUAACCAGGCUCUGCAAGGCUUCUUCAACGCCAUCACACUUGUUAUGGAGGAAGGCUUCGCCAUUGCUGCCUUUGUUGCUCUCAUCCUCAAUUUAAUCCUGCCUGAGGAGUUUGAGGAUGAAGAAAUACCUGAACUGACGGCCAACACUGUCGAUGUACCGGCGGAUGAGGAGGAAUGGCGACACAUCAGAAGAGAGGAUGACACUUCCAGCGCCUACGAAGAUGACGAUUGA